GGAGAGUGUUUGUAACCCAGACAUGGCGCUGCUGUAACGUGAACACACGCACUGAAGGCAAAGCGCCGCUGCUGGGGAGCGACAAUCACUCCGAAUGCUUUUCUUUACGGGAUUUACAUUUACCGGGAUCGGCGUUUCUUCUUCGUGUUUUUCCCCAGUUCGUGGAUUGAGAUAUUCGAGUUGAUUUGACGCGCGGCUGUUUGCGCCCUGAUGUGAUUUCAAAUUGGUACAAAGUUGCAGUUCCCGGAGCUGCCAGCCAGUCAGCCAGCCUACCUACUCCGUGCUGGACGCACACGCUGCUCCUGUGACCUUACAGACGAAGAAAAAGAAGGUGGGCUAGAAAAGUUCUGUCACUUCAGCCAGCUUCGGCAGUUUGCCUUUUUUCAGCGCUUCAAAGUUGGCCAGGCUGACUUUCAAGCCGGGGAGGUCAGCGAUUUUACCACCAUGCCGGCUAAAACGAAAUACAAUCUAGUGGACGACAAUCAUGAUUUACGAAUUCCUUUGCACAACGAAGAAGCUUUCCAGCACGGCAUCAAUUUCGAGGCAAAGUAUAUUGGAAGCCUGGAUGUCCCCAGACCGAACAGCAGAGUGGAGAUUGUCGCGGCUAUGAGGAGAAUACGGUAUGAAUUUAAAGCUAAGAAUAUAAAGAAGAAGAAGGUGCACAUUAUGGUGUCCGUGGACGGCGUCAAGGUGGGUCUCCGGAAGAAAAAAAAGAAAAAAGAGUGGACCUGGGAUGAGAGCAAGAUGAUGGUGAUGCAGGAUCCCAUUUAUCGGAUUUUCUACGUAUCGCAUGAUUCUCAGGACCUGAAGAUUUUUAGUUACAUUGCCAGGGAUGGAGCAACCAAUGUGUUCCGAUGCAACGUGUUCAAGUCCAAGAAGAAGAGUCAAGCCAUGCGUAUUGUGCGGACGGUAGGUCAGGCUUUUGAAGUGUGCCACAAGCUGAGUUUGCAGCACACCCAGCAGAAUGCUGAUGGGCAGGAAGAUGGAGACAGUGAGAAGAACAACAAUGAAGCAAGCGUUCCAGCUCGCCAGCUGACCGGUGCAGAGAAAACUGUCUUGGAAGAAACAGACAUCGAUGCUGAGGAAGCCCCCUUACCAGACAGUACCAUCGAUGAUUUCAACCGGGGGGUGACAGAUCUGGACGCUGCCAAGAGUGACCAGGACACCAACAAAGAGAAAAAGGUUCCCGAGGAGAACAUUUUGCUGGCAACUCCAAAAAUGCUCCUUCCAACCUCCAGCCAGCUGCCGGCGGGAGCCCCACUUUCUGUGCAUCACCAAAUCCAGCUCCUCCAUCAGCAGCUCCAGCAGCAGCAGCAGCAGACACAAGUCGCCGUGGCCCAGGUUCAUCUACUCAAAGACCAGCUUUCUGCCGAAGCAGCGGCUCGAAUUGAAGCUCAGGCACGGGUUCACCAGCUCCUGCUUCAGAACAAAGACAUGCUGCAGCACAUCUCUCUGCUGGUCAAGCAGAUCCAGGAGCUUGAGCUCAAACUCUCGGGACACAACUCAAUGGGAUCUCAGGAUAGUUUGCUGGAAAUCACAUUCCGUGCAAAUGUGCCUCCGGUGCUGUGCGACCCAACUACUCCAAAGCCUGAGGAAGUUACCCUGCCGCAGCUCAACGAUGGAACGCAGCUUUCACUGCCCUUGGGCAGCCCCCUAGGUAGGGAAAACUGUCUAGUAAAACUUGAAUGCUUCCGCUUCCUUCCUGGGCCUCCUCAGGAAGAACAGGGCCAGGAGAAGCAGCCUCCCAUCCCGUCAAGGGAUGAGUUCUUGGGUAGCCUGGAAUUCAUUAAGUUCCGGGAGUCAGGGAUCGCCUCGGAGUACGAAUCCAACACGGAUGAAAGCGACGAGCGGGACAGCUGGGGUCACGACGAUGGCCCCCUGAGGCUGUUGAACGUGUUAAACAAGCACAGCCUGUCGGAUUGCCUGGACGAUGAGAUUGCAGUCUAGAAAUGCAUUUCGUCAACUUGUCUUUUUUAGCCUGGUUCAAGCUUUGGCAAUAAUUGACUCGGCAAGCACCUGUCUCUCAAACUUCUCCCUGCAUUUCAAAGCUGUCUUUGCCUUUAUCGACACAUUCCGGAGAGUACUUUGAGGUUUCCAGCACCGAAUACGAAGAUAACGCCACCUACACUGUAUAAAACUCUUUAAGUGUUAGACAUGUAACGGCAUUCUCGUGUGCAUGCAUCAAACAGUGAUUUGUGAAUCACACCAGUAGAUGUCUACUCUUCAGUCACUGUGCGCAGAUGUUCAUUUCGGUGAUUUUUCUUUCAAAUCUCCUGCAGUGAGACCUAAUGGGUGACUGGCCAACUACAGACAAAAAAAAAAACAAACGAUCUGUACGUUUCAUGAAAGUGCAGCCUUGUCCGGAUGAAACUUUUUGUAAGCAUCCAACCUUGCAAGCAUGACGGCUGCCACGUGGCACCAGGUUCACCUUCACUGCUUUUGUGACAAGCUUCACAUUUCUAAACCAUUCAGCCAUGUUAUACGUUGUGGAGAAAAAAAAAAUUGGAUUAUUUGCAAUAUGAACUUGUAUUGUGACACUAAUAAAUUUCAGAACCCUUGUAUUUUAAUGUUA